UCGGACAGCGAGGGAGCAUCCGGCCAAAGACAGCUAACCAGCAGAGAGACACCCACCCAAGCGGCAGCAUGAAGAUAUUUGUGACGGUUCUGAUGGGCGCCAUGUGCCUGAGUCUCAGCCAGGCUGACAUCAGCUUGACCCAGGCGGGUUACAACUACCGCAUCCAGCAGCAGCAGCAGCAACCGCCCAUUGUGGCCCACCUGUUGAACCAGCAGCUACAGCAGCAGCAGCAGCUCCAGCCCCAGCAAUCCUCGCACCCGGUGCUUCCACCUCUCCCACUGCCCUACCUCCCGCCCGCUGGCCAGUUCCAUUCUGCCCAGCCUGCCGUUCGUCCCACCACUGGAUCGUUCCCCAUGCCCGCCGGCUUCCCCGUCAACUUCCAGACCGCUCCCAUCCAGCAGCAGCGACGCGCUCGUCCGCGUGUGAGGAUUCCCAAGCGUCCCAUUGUGACCAAGAACUUUUUCAUCCACUCGGCGCCCGAGGAAUCCGAGGAUGAGGUCCAGGACGAGCUGAACCAGUUGGCCCAGCAGCCCCGUAACCACUACAAUGUGCUGUUCGUCAAGACGCCGGCUCAGACCAAUCGCGCGGCGGCUCUUAACUUGGCCAAGACCCUCAAGCAGGAGAAGACCGUGGUCUAUGUGCUGGCCAAGAAGACGACCGCCUCCGAUCUGCAGGAUGCCAUUGCCGAGGCACCACAGCACAUCAACAAGCCGGAGGUGUUCUUCAUCAAGUACCGCACGCCCGAGGAGGCCCUGAAUGCCCAGCGGCAGAUUCAGUCGCAGUACGAUACCUUGGGAGGCAGUUCCACCAUUACCGACGAGGGUGUGGCACCUAUCACCUCGGUGGUUGGUUCCCUGGAUCCUCCAGAGGAGGAGGAGGAGGAGCAGCAACAGCAGCAACAUUCGGAGGGACACUUUGCGGAGAACGGUGCCGGAAACUCUGGCGUCGGUCCCAUCGGCAAUCAUUAUCUGCCCGCGAACCAGUUCUAAGUAUUCUUCAUUGCUCGUCCACAUUCAGAUCUAGUUAGCUGUCAUCAACACCACUUAGGUUUAAGUGCUUGCCAAUGUUACCCAA